GCCUGUCUCGAGAGUCGUGGACCCAACUCACAUGUCAAUGCGUGCAAUUUGUAUGUAACUUUUGGAUCUUUAUAAAGUGUUUUUGAACACUUUAAAGUUGUACAUUACAUUGAAUGUUGUUACUAGAACGUUAUCAAUAAUGAGUUCUCAAAUCACUUGUGUUGGAUGGGUAAAGCGUGGCGUUUCGAAGGAAACACCAGAUAAGGUGGAGUUGAGCAAAGAAGAAUUGCAACACAUUAUAGCAGAGGCAAAAGAACAAUUGGGUGAACGUGUAGGUGAAGAGGAGGAGGAGGAGGAGGAUGAAGGCAUGGCCAGCGGGCAGGAACAGAGUGACGAGGCAGAAGCUGUUCAGGGACAGGAGCCAGAGCAAGAUGAAAAUGAAGCAGGAAGGGAGGAAGCAGAUGAACUAGCAACGUAUGGUUUGGAUAGAUAUGAUGAGGAAGACUCAGUGACUGCCAACCUUGGUGACAGCCUUGCCGGCCUCACAGUGUUCAGCACCAAUGAGGAGGAUCCUUACAUUACCAUCAAAGACACAGAUCAGUAUGAGCGAGAGGACUUUCAAAUCAAGCCCAAUGAUAACCUCAUCAUUUCAGGCAGAGCAGAGAAGGACUGCUGCAACCUGGAGAUUCACGUAUACAACUCCGAGGAGGAAUCCCUCUAUAUUCACCAUGACAUACUCCUACCAGCCUAUCCACUGUGUGUGGAGUGGCUUAACUUUGACCCUAGUCCAGAAGGCACUGGCAAUUAUGCGGCUGUAGGCAACAUGACACCACAGAUUGACGUGUGGGACCUGGAUGUGGUGGACUGUCUAGAGCCUGCCUUCACUCUGGGGAGCAAGAAGGCCUCCAAGAAAAGCAAAAAGGCUGCAGCAGAGCCAGGGGAAGGUCAUACAGAUGCUGUACUGGACUUAUCCUGGAACAAACUGGUCCGCAACGUCUUGGCCAGUGGGUCAGCCGACAAAACCGUGAUCCUGUGGGAUCUGGCACAGGGAAAGCCGGCCACAACACUGUGCAGACACACUGACAAGGUUCAGACGUUGAUGUUCCACCCCUUUGAAGCUCAGACCCUGAUAUCAGGAUCAUACGAUAAGUCGGCAAUCCUGUAUGACUGCCGCAGCCCGGACAGCAGCCAUCGCACUUGGAGGUUUAGCGGGCAGGUGGAAAGGGUCGCCUGGAACCACUUCUCGCCCUGCAACUUCCUGGCGAGCACAGAGGACGGCUUUGUUUACUGUCUGGACGCGCGCUCGGACAAGCCAGUGUUUACGCUAAGGGCACAUGAUGGAGAGGUGUCAGGCUUGGACCUUAGCAGCCAGAUCCGGGGAUGCUUGGUGACCUCGUCAGCAGACAAACACGUCAAGAUUUGGGACAUCUUGGGGAACAAGCCCAAUUUAGUUCACACCCGGGACAUGAAAAUGGGGGUGCUGUUCUGUGCAACGUGCUGUCCUGACAUGCCCUUUGUAUAUGCCUUUGGAGGACAGAGGGAUGGCCUGCGGGUUUGGGACAUAAGUGAUGUGGCAGCAGUCGCUGAGGUGUUUGGCAAUCGGGAGCGGUUGGUGGCAACCACAGCGCCUGAGGCAUCCAGCAGCACUUCCUCCACAGCAGAUAUGGAGCUUUCCUAGUGAGCCACUCUGGACCAACUUCCAAUCAACAUAGAGCGGCACCUUGGACUCACACAGAGAUCCACAUAGCCAAAGACUUUGUCAACCUGGGACCAAGAAGGCACUUCAAGAACAUUGCCAGAGCUGUGGAUGGACUUUCUCUCUUCAAACUUUUCUUCUAAAACAGAUAUCCUAAUAGUUAAGCGCCACAUAACUAUUUGUUUUUGGCGCUAAAAUGUCUUUUCAACAAGGAAGGUCAAUAUUCAUCUGAAUGCUUGUCAAAAUAAUUCAAUAGAUAUUUGUUUUUGACUAACAAUCAAUGAAAUAACUAUUGAAAUGUGAUUUUGAAGGCACAGGUAUCUGGUUUAGUGUCAUCAAUUAUUAUUUGUGCAGGACUUUGCUAAUCUUGGCCUGAAAUUUGCUAAUCUUUGCUAACCCCCCCCCCAUGUAUUAUGUCAGUGACAUUCCUGCAUUGGUUAAAUUAGAAAUGUGUUGAAAUCUGAAAUACCUAAUCAAACAUUUACUGAAGGGCCCAUCCAGGUAAAGAAAUACGGUUUUGACCAACUUGUGAUAAAUAUACAGUACCGGUCAAAAGUUUGGACACACCUACUCAUUCCAGUGUUCUCUUUGUUUUUACUAUUUUCUACAUUGUAGAACAAUAAGUAGCCACACUUUGCCUUGACAGCUUUGUACACUCUUGGUAUUCUCAACCAGCUUCAUGAGGUAGUCAACUGGAAUGCAUUUCAAUUAACAAGUGUGCCUUAAGUUAAUUUGUGGAAUUUCUUUCCGUAAUGUGUUUGAGCCAAUCAGUUGUGUUGUGACAAGGUAGCCCUAUAUGGUACAAGUCCAUAUGUUAAGAACAGCUCAAAUAAGCAAUGAGAAACAAUAGACCAUCAUUCCUUUAAGACAUGAAGGUCAGUAAUGUGGAGAUUUUGAAGAACUUUAAAAGAUUCUUCAAGCGCUAUGAUGCAACUGGCUUUCAUGAGGACCACCACAGGAAAGUAAGACCCUGAGUUACCUCUGCUGCAGAGGAUAAGUUCAUUAGGGUUAACUGCGCCUCUGAAAUUGCAGCCCAAAUAAAUGCUUCACAGAGUUCAAGUAACAGAAACAUCUCAACAUCAACUGUUCAGAGAAGAUUGCGUGAAUCAGGCCUUCAUGGUUGAAUUGCUGCAAAGAAACCACUACUAAAGGACACCAAUAAGAGCAAGAGACUUGCUUGGGCCAAGAAACACGAGCAAUGGACAUUAGACCGGUAGGAAAUCUGUCCUUUGGUCCAAAUUUGAGAUUUUUGGUUCGAACCGCCUUGUCUUUGUGAGAAGCAGAGUAGGUGAACGGAUGAUCGCUGCAUGUAUAGUUCCUUCCGUGGAGCAUGGAGGAGGUGGUGUGGGGUGCUUUGCUGGUGACAUUGUGAUUUAUUCAGAAUUUAAGGCACACUUAACCAGCAUGGCUACCAAAACAUUCUGCAAUGAUACACCAUCCCAUCUGGUUUGCGCUUAGUGGGACUAUCAUUUGUUAUUCAACAGAACAAUGACUCAACACACCUCCAGGCUGUGUAAGGGCUAUUUGACCAAGAAGGAGAGUGAUGAAGUGCUGCAUCAGAUGAUCUGGCCUCCACAAUCACCUGACCUUGAUCCAGUUGAGAUGGUUUGGGAUGAGUUGGACGGCAGAGUGAAGGAAAAGCAGCCAACAAGUGCUCAGCAUAUGUGGGAACUCCUUCAAGAUUGUUGAAAAGCAUUCCAGGUGAAGCUGGUUGAGAGAAUGCCAAGAGUGUGCAAAGCUGUCAAAGCAAAGGGUGGCUACUUUGAAGAAUAAAAAAUAUAAAACAUAUUUUGAUUUGUUUAACACUUUUUUGGUUACUACAUGAUUCCAUAUGUUUUAUUUCAUCAUUUUGAUGUCUCCACUAUUAUUCUACAAUGUAGAAAAUAUUAAAAAUAAAGAAAAUGAAAGGACAACCAUCUUUUUUUUAUCAUAUGCAUGUGUUUGAGGAAGCUUUUAUCUGGGAAUUGAGCAUUACCAGUUCUAUAACCAGGGGCAACAGAGACAGAUCCUCCUCUCUGGGUAGUCUGGCCAGUAGAUGGAGUGGUCUACUCCAAAAAUAAACACACUCCCAGAAGUAUCCCUCCAGCGAUACUGGACUCGAGUCACUGGCACUGCCCUCAGCAGAUGUCUCUGUUGAAUGAUGCGGCGCUGGGGCCAGUUGGAGUGGGACGACCGCACCAUCCUUCGUGAGGCUGCGUUGACCUCUUCCACAGGGAAGGUGCUAAUGGGACACACCUUUUGGCCCAAGCCAUUGUGGAGGAUCUCCCCUAUGGCAUGGGAAAUCCUCUCCUCUGGGAUGCCGCCUGGGACACCUAGCAGGUACCUGUCGAGAUGACAGCGGUAGUCCACCCGCAGCUCUUUGAAGUAGCACAGCUGACCAUUUCCCACGCACAUCUCACAGCAAACCCGGCCCAAGGACAUGCAGGACAUGCAGGGCACCAUCUUCUCACCCUUGCACUCUCUGCAGGGCUUUUUGGUGCCCCCGCCUCGCCCAUGGCAUACAGGGCAGCGCACCCUAGUAGAGGCACAGCAGGCCUUGCACAUAACCCACUUCUGCUCCUGGCAGUAAGAGCAACCGGUCACUCGGUCUGUGUGAAUCAGCCUGUAAUUUAACACCUGGUUGUGGAACAUCUUGGCCGGGGUCACAGGCACCUUCCAGGGUUGUGGCUCCUGUACUUCCCCUGCUGGUUUUGGAGACACUGGUGCUUUGGAAGUUUUGCAUUGCGGUUCAAAUCUUAAGCACACAGACCUGUGCUCUGUAAAUGUUUCCAGUCUGUAACAGUAUGCAACCUCAUGGGUUAUGCCAGUGAUGACCAUUCCUCUGGCUGCAGUGGGUGAAAGGAGCGGUUUGUUUCGCACCCAGUCAACAAGAACAUCACGGAUCGUCUGUUCUGGCAGAGGAGACAGGAUGAAUGGGUUAAAAACCUCUGGCUGAAGUUUCACUGAUACCUUUGCCUUCCCCUCCUCUAUUGGUGGUGGAACUGUGGAGUACUGAGAGGGUUCCAGUAUGAGGUCACAUCGGUAACCCUUUCGAUGUUCAGUUGCCAUUAUAUGGAGGUUAAGAGCAAUGCUGUAACUUGGGUUUCAUGUUAAUGAAUUAGCAAAAUGUUCAAAUCCCAUUAUUUCUCAGUUUACUCUAUUCCAAUUCUAAAAUGAUAUUUAUGAUGUCAUAAUGUAUUUAUACAAAUGUGAAAAAUACUUUUUCCCCAAAUACAUUUGACAGUUAAACUGUCCCAGUUC